AUGAUCGCGAUUAAGAGAGAGAGGCAAGAGUGGCGUUAUCAGAAAGUCAGACAACUCUUCAAUGUUCGACUUGCGUGCUGGGUCGUACGAUAUAGCUGUUUUCCUUUAGCUACAAGACUUACGGGAGUAUCCUUUGUAGUCGUGCUAACUGGAUCGCGGGUCGUGCGCGCAGCUGUAUCAGUCGAAUCACUGGGUGGAGCAUCAGACUUCUUGGAUUUUGACUUGACUGAGGAAACUGGAAGACUUGGUUUCUUGAUGGUGGAUCUUGUGGAUCGGCCCGAGUUUCCCAAAGUGCCACUUGCUGCUGAUUGUGGCAAAACCUGUGGAUAG